AUGGCCACCUUUCUACUCUCACAUCUCUCUUUUCCUAUCUCACCCUCCACCGUGGAUGCUCACGACGUUGGUUCCAUCGGUGGUGCCGUCAAAUCCUCUUUCCUUCACUGCACAAAGCUCUUCUCUACUCCCAAACUUGGAAGAAGCACAGUUCGGAGAGGGUUCAGAUUUCCAUCUGCAAAGGUUUCAUUUGACCACAUACCUAAACAGUUCAGAGAGGGAAAUCUCCAAUAUGGAUUGAUGGAAAACUAUAAAAAUGUUCCCCAAUAUUUUUAUGGCCUUACACCUUCACAAAUGGACAUGUUCAUGACAGAAGAUAAUCCCAUUAGCCAGCUGUCAGAAAGAGUUACAGAGGAAAACAUCUCAUCUUCUCAUAAUUGUUUGGAUAAUGGAGGGAUGUGGAGUCUAUCAGGAGUGAAUGACAGGGGUCCUUCAAAAUAUAGUAUGAGUGUAAGCAUGUAUCAUGGAAGGCAGAGAUGUUUCAACAUUAUCAUUUGA